AUGGCGGAGGAGGCCCUGAAAACUGCCAAAACUGAUCGGAGGACUGCCAAAGGAACGCUCACACGCUGUGGAAAGUCCUUAGCGAAGUUAAUAGAAGCGAAAAGACCAGAGCAAGAGGUAAGAGAUGGUCUAAGUAAACUGCAGUUAGCCUUUGACAAUCUUGUGGCGAAGCAUGAAAAUUAUUCGCGUUUAAUCGAAGAUGACACUGAGUUCGAAGUGCAAGAGGGAUGGAUGGGGGAAUGCCAAGAAGACUUUAUGUCAAUGGAAAUGGACGCAAAAAUAUAUUUGGAUUCUUUCUUCAGUAAGGAAAAGGCCCCGAUGAAAACUAAUCAUACAUCUACAGCAUCUAAAACGAAAAAUAGUGGUGUUGGUGAGCCGGGAAGUAGUGGAAUUCUGAAUAUGCAAAUAGAAGAAGACGCCCUUAGUGUAAGUUCCGGCGAUAAUGAUCAUCCAAUCAAUCCAAUUAGCACCCAUCAAAGUACAAGUUCCGGUAAUGAUAAUUUCACACCAGACCAUGAAGGCACAUCCGUUGUUUCCGGACAUGAAGUAAACCCCAAUGCUACAACCGGCGCCUGUGGUUUUAAGAUGGAAAAGCCAAAGAUGCCUAAAUUUACCGGAGACGUAAGAGAUUAUGCCAUUUUUCGCGCCGAUUUUAAGCAUGCGAUAGAAUCGAAAUACAGCAAAAGAGAUGCAAUAACUUUUCUUCGCACAUGUCUGCAAGAUAAACCAUUAGAGUUAAUCAAAGGGAUAGGUUCGGACUAUAAGGCAGCGUGGGAUUAUUUGGACUCUAUUUACGGAGAUCCAAGGUUCGUGUCCGACACCAUCACGCAAGACAUAGUAAAGUUUAGAGCUCUGCAACCAGGAGAAGAUGCAAGAUUUUGCGACUUAGUCCAUUUGGUUAAACGAAGCUUCAACACUCUGAAGGAGGUCGGAAGUCAAAAUGACAUGGACAACAGUCACAUGCUAUCUAUCAUUGAGCAAAAAAUGUGUUCGGAUGAUCGAAAGGUUUGGUCACGAGACUUGGAGCGUCAGGGAGAAAAAGCAACUUUAGAGCGACUGAUGAAGUGGAUGGACGUAGAGAUGAAAUCACGUAUGCGUGCUACUGCUCCAUUGAGAUCUAGCAGAUCAGUCUAUGCCUUGCAAGUCGAAGCUCCCAACCAGAAGUGGUACAAAUGCUGGUACUGUAAAAACUCGUCCCAUUGGCCAGAUACAUGCCCUAAAUUCGCUGCCCUCGGUAUCGACCAACGUAUAAAAGUCGCCAAAGAAAACCAUGUGUGCUUUAGUUGCAUGAAAGCAGCCGGAAGAGAACACCGAGUUGACAACUGUAGGAGACGUAGAAAGUGUACGAAAACCGAGAACGGAAGGGAAUGCAUGCAUUUUCAUCACCCGUUGCUUCACAAGAGCACCGCAGUCAAAGUUGGCGUCGCGUCACUCUCCGAGCCACAUGAAACUCUUUUGCCGGUGGUAACAUGCAAGAUUUACGGUCAAAAUGGGUUCCAAAAGCAAAGCAACACUCUCCUUGACUCGGGAGCGCAGAUCAGCCUAAUCCGCGAAGAAACAGCAGCUGCACUGGGACUCAAAGGAAACGACACCGCCGUAACACUUACGAAAGUGGGAGGAGAAGAGGAGACGAUCAAGACCAAAGUUUACAAAGUUCCUGUAUCAUCAAUUGACAACACCGAGAUGUUCUCAAUCAAGGCAAUUGGAAUUCCGCGCAUUAGUGAGGAAGUGUCAGCAGUCCAGCUUAGACCGAUCGCCAAGCUUCUUGGACUGGAGAGCGAAAGGAUACGCAGAGGCAAUGGUCCUGUCGAUUUACUAAUAGGAAUCGACCACGCCCAGAUGCAUACUGGACAGACCAGGCAAACUGGACAGCUAGUUGCAAGAAGAACACCUCUAGGAUGGGUAGUUUUCGGUGGACCGUCAGGAGAAACACAAGUGAAUGGUCGCGUCUACCUUGUAAGAUUUGCUGCACCGGUAGAAAUGUCAGAUUUUUGGAAGACUGAGGCAAUGGGAGUAGAAGUUAAACCGUGUGUUUGUGAGGCUGACAAGCUAACGCAAGCCGAAAGAGAGGAAGCAGAAAUAAUUUCCAAGUCGUGUGAAAAGGUGGGCAAGCAGUGGAUGAUACCUUACCCCUGGAAGAAAGACCCCAUGCUGUUGCCGGAUAAUAAGCCAUUGGCGAUGAAACGGUUGGAAAGUACGGAGAGACGCCUUAAGAAAGACCCAGAAAAAGGAGUGGCUUAUGACAAACAGAUGGAAGAAAUGAAGGAGAUGCAGUUCUCAAGAAAGCUGUCCAGAAAAGAAAUGGAUAAUUACAAAGGCCCGGUGCAUUACAUCCCACACCAUGCCGUUAUUCGACCUGAGAAGAAGAGCACACCCGUACGAAUCGUCUUCAACUCCUCUUCAGUCUAUCAAGGUCACGCACUGAAUGAUUAUUGGCUUAAGGGGCCUGAUUUGUUGAACAAUCUGUUUGGAGUAAUCUUGAGGUUUAGAGAAAAAGAAGUAGCAGUGAUGGGUGACAUAUCCAAAAUGUAUCACCGUAUACGCAUCCCGGAAGAGGAUCAACAUGUUCAUCGGUUCCUGUGGAGAAACUUGGAAACGGAAAGAGAACCUGAUGUGUACGUAAAAACAGUCCUGACGUUUGGUGAUAAGCCAGCGCCUGCCAUGGCUCAAAUUGCGUUAAGAAAAACAGCUGAAGAAAACAAGAAGGACUACCCAGAAGCAGCCGAGGUGCUCACAAAGAAUUCCUACAUGGAUGAUAUUUGUGGUUCUGUAGACACUGUAGCACAAGCUCAGAAGUUGACAAGAGAUCUAGACAAAGUACUCGACAGUGGAGGGUUUGGCGUGAAGGGCUGGACGUCGAACAAACUUCUAACCAAGACAGAAAAUCAGGAAAAUGAGUUCAAGAUGUUCCAGGAAGAAGUUGAAGAAAAGGUGCUUGGAGUGAUUUGGAAUUAUGUUACAGAUGAGUUCAGCUUCAAAGUUAAAGUGGAUUUACUGUGCCUGACAGAUUAUUCAGUAGACCGUGGAGUAAAGAUGACCAAGAGAACUCUUCUCAGUCAAGUUGCCCGCUUCUACGAUCCCAUUGGAUUCGCUGCCGCAUUCGUCAUCAGAGCCAAAAUAGGUUUACAAGAACUGUGGCAGAUUGGUCUUCACUGGGACGAUGAGCUUCCAUAUGAUGUAAAAGAUAAGUGGAUCCAGCUCUUCAAGGAAAUGAAGGAACUUGACCGGAUUGGUUUCAAGAGGUGUCUGAUUCCACCCGAAACUCCAGAAUUACCAGUACUGUGUGUCUUCUCAGACGCCUCGCAAGAAGCAUUUGGGGCCUGCGCGUACAUCCGCCAGAAAACGAAACAAGGCACCUAUGAAGUAAACUUCGUUGCCGCUAAGUCUAGAGUGGCACCCCUAAAGCAACUAACAAUUCCACGCCUGGAAUUACAAGCAGCCGUUCUCGCCUCCCGCCUCGCGAAAACGAUAGUGAAAGAGUGUACGAUUCAAUUCGCCGAUGUCAAAUUCUUCACUGACAGCAGCAUCACACUUGCCUGGAUUCAAAGUCCUUCCCGCAGUUUCAAGCCGUUUGUCUCAGCACGGAUCGGGGAGAUCCAGAAUAACUCGGACCCAAGCCAGUGGAAGCACAUUCCCGGUGAAGAAAACGUAGCAGAUGAUGUCUCGCGAGGAUUGCAUGUAAAGCAGCUUACGGGUAGAUGGAUGAACGGCCCGGAAUUUCUAAAACUGCCAGAGGAACAAUGGCCAGUACAAACAGCUACACUGCAACAAGAAGGAGAUAUGGAGCGUCGCCACGUUAAUGCUGUCACUACAGUCCCGCCUGCAGAUGUCGGAAAUGUAAUCGAUGUGAAGAAUUUCUCCAGUUGGCGAAAACUGAUACGAGUUACCGCGUGGAUAAGGCGAUUAACAGAGAAGAUACGCCUCAGAAGAAACACACUCAGCGGACGAGAAGGACCUCUCAUGCCUGAAGAGUUAAAGAAGGCUGAGAUGUCAUGGAUCAAAAGUGCUCAAAAGGAUUUAAAGAGCCGAAUGAAGAAUGGAGACUUCAAGACAUUAAGCCCAUUUAUAGACGACAAGGGGAUCAUCAGGGUCGGAGGAAGGAUUGACAAAGCAAUCGUGUCCUACGAAGAAAAACACCCAGUGCUGCUUCCCAAUGAGCACAGAAUAUCCCUGUUGAUUACAAGCCAUAUGCACAACCAUGGGCAUCCUGGAGUAGCAACCACGACUGCAAAAAUAAGACGAAAAUACUGGAUCUUGAAGGCGAAUAAGCUCAGUAAGGCUGUGAAAUUUAAAUGUGUUUCUUGUCGAGAAAUAGCACACAAGGCAGAGACGCAGUUGAUGGCAGACCUGCCAGCUCUCCGUUUAGCACCGCAAACGCCUCCGUUCUACUAUUCCUCGUGCGAUUACUUUGGUCCAUACAAUGUGAAGAUAGGGCGCAACAAGACAAGAAAGCACUAUGGCGUCAUCUUCACGUGCUUAAACACAAGAGCCGUCCAUCUGGAACUAGCUGUUGACCUAUCAACAAUGGAAUUUAUCCAGGUGCUAAGAAGGUUUUUCUCUAUCCGUGGAUACCCGGCAGUGCUAUUGAGCGACAAUGGGUCACAAAUGGUUGGCGCAGAGCGGGAAUUGCGCGAAAUGGUCGAAGGUUUAGAUUCUGACAAACUCCGUGAUUUCUGCGCUGAAAGAAGUAUCAACUGGCUGUUCACCGCUCCAGCUGCCCCUCAUCAGAACGGAUGUGCUGAGGCACUCGUCAAAAGUUGUAAGCGUGCUUUGAAGAAGGCAAUAGGAGAACAGGUUCUGAGUCCGUUCGAGUUAUACACAUGUCUGCUAGAAGUCGGAAAUCUCGUUAAUCAACGCCCGAUCGGCCGUGUUCCAAAUGACCCGGAUGACGGCAAAUAUUUAUGCCCGAACGACAUGCUUCUUGGAAGAGCAACACCGGAAGUUCCUCAAGGCCCAUUCCAAGACACGAAAAACCCGCGACGCCGUGUAGAAUUUGUGCAGAAAAUUGUGGAGUCAUUCUGGAAACGUUGGAGCAGAGACGUACUGCCAGCGCUAGUGAUAAGGAAGGCAUGGCAUACAGAAAGGCGAAACGUUCAAGUCGAUGACAUUGUAGUCAUGGCGGACAACAAUGCUAUCCGAGGUAAAUGGACCAUCGGCAGAGUAAUCGAGGUGUAUCCCGGGACAGAUGGCCGAGUCCGUAAUGUCAAAGUAAAAACACCAGCCGGAGAAUACAGCCGCCCAGUCACCAAGAUUGCUGUUAUAUAUCCUGCUGAGGGAUACGACUAA